CCGGUACCUGACCACGUGACCUAAUAUUUUACUACUAGUAACACUUGCUACUACUGUAACUUAGACCAGGUCCAUAACACACCUGUACCAUAGUGCUACCCGCAAGGGACAAUCGACACCACAUAACCAUGUCAGACUGGGAAUCCGAUGAUGCUCCUGCCCCUGCUGCGGCAUCGAUCGCGACCAAGAUAGCCGUGAAGAGUAAAUGGGAGGGUGAAGACGAAGAGGAAUCAUCUCCAGUCAGCGAUUGGGACGCAUCCUCGGAUGAAUCCUCAGACGACGAUAAACCAGCAGCAGCACCCGUAGCACCCCCAAAAAAGAAGGGCACGGUGAAACAGAAGAUAGCAGAGAAAGAAGCUGCGAAAGCUGCGCGAGUGGGAAAUGAUGAUGUGGAGUAUGAUGAAGACUCUGUCCUUGAUCCGCGCGACAAGGCGAGGUUGGAUAGGGAGCGGGAGAUUAAAGCUGAUUUGGAUAAUGCUGCUGCGCUUUUUGGUGCUGCUGGCCUCGGAGGCACCUCAUCAUCCGAUCUAGACGCGCUGACUUCCGCCGAUCCCCGCACAAAAGAGGAUUUCCAGGAUUUCUCAGCAAGAAUCAUCGAAUUCAUCGUUAAGCAACAUGAGACCAAGCCUUUGUACGCGUCAUUCGUGGAGCAUCAUGUCCGAGAACUCUGUCAGCCUUUGAAGGACGUGGAGAUCAGGAAAGCUGCGAGCGGGCUUACGACGCUUGCUAAUGAGAAGCAGAAAGAGCAGAGAGACAAAACGAGUGGGAAGAAGAAAGUCAAAGCUGCUGCAAAGCCUGUCCUAGGUUCGGCGAAAGUCGCCAACAAAUUUGAUACGGGGGUGUAUGAUGAAGCGCUGGAUGAUUUCGGUACCAACCAAGAUGAUUUCAUGUAGAACAGUACCUGGCAUCUACUACAUUACGUUUGAGUAGAUUUUUGUCUUUUUAGUAUGAGCUGAUAUAUCAAAGCUCAGUCGUCCUCGUCUCCUUCG